AAAUCAGAGAUGUACCGCUAACAAACAGCGUUAGGUGAGGCAUGCAGUCUGGAAUGACCCGACCGGAGUUAAUCCGGUUUCACCCAGGUAAUGGCAGUAGGAUGAAGAAGCUCGGUGGGAGAAAGCAGGUCGCAAUCUUGAUUGGGUUGGGAAUGAGUAUGACGAUUGGUUUAGUUGUGUACUUGAGGCUUUGGACUAUCGACUAUCGCAUCUCUUCCGACGAGACCGAACUAAUCAGGAGACAGUUUGAUCUUGCUAAUAGAGAAGCAAUGGAUGAAUCUGCAUACUGGAGAGGUAGAUAUGAUGCAGAGGUGGAGAAGGUCAACAGCUGCCAAAAGGAGCUACUUCAAGUUAAGUGGUCAUCUAGUUCAAAUGGUGAUGGCAAGAAUAGCAAAUCGGAUUCACUACAAAAGGAAAACAAGGACUUGCUUGAAAAGAUUGGAUAUUUGAAACAAGAGCUUGGAUGUGAAAAGUUAAAUUGCAGCAUGAAAAAACCAUGAGCUUACUGUUGAGGGAGAAAACCUUAUCUAUUGUUAGCUAUGCAACAAGAAACAGGUUAACAGGUUAAACGAAUAAAUAAAUAAAUAAAUAAAUAAAUAAAUAAAUAAAUAAAUAAAUAAAUAAAUAAAUAAAUAAAUAAAUAAAUAAAUAAAUAAAUAAAUAAAUAAAUAAAUAAAUAAAUAAAUAAAUAAAUAAAUAAAUAAAUAAAUAAAUAAAUAAAUAAAUAAAUAAAUAAAUAAAUAAAUAAAUAAAUAAAUAAAUAAAUAAAUAAAUAAAUAAAUAAAUAAAUAAAUAAAUAAAUAAAUAAGUAAAUAAAUAAAUAAAUAAAUAAAUAAAGACAAAUAAAUAAAUAAAUAAAUAAAUAAAUAAAUAAAUAAAUAAAUAAAUAAAUAAAUAAAUAAAUAAAUAAAUAAAUAACUAGGACAUUGAAUUUAUACUAGUUUAUCAUUUUAUAUCCUUUAUUGGGAAGAAUAUCAAAUUGAAAAUAGAUUUUUAAAAGUGCGGAUUAACCCUUUUGAGUUACCCUCCUUUCUUCUCCAAAUCUCCCUUCCCAGGGAGUGGGUUGUUGCUUGGGGGGACACUUUAUCUAGAGUGAGCUGCUUGAGGACUUUACUUAUUUUGCCCCCCCAGCAUUUUGACAGGGCUGAGAAUGAGCAUAUUAUGUUUGCAAGAGUUUACUUAUUUUGCUCCCCAUUGACGCUGACUUAGCAAUCAUUUUCCAUGUCACUUUAUUGUCUAACUUGAUCAACAUCAUGCGCCGGUAAUUUAUUUUUACACCUAAUUAGUUUAAGUCUCUCUAUUCAACUUAGGGGUAGGCAUGGUUCGUGUUUUUAACGGUUAUUUAAUCAAAACGAGAAGUAAGAAGCUGUUCUGUUCGUCUUAUCCUUAUUACUUAUUGCUUAUUCUUAUUUUAUUCAGAUCACAUCACAUCAGAAAAAUUAAAGAUCAGAUCAAAUCAGAAAGAUUCAGAUCAGACCGGAUCAUAAACAUUCAGAUCAGAUCAGAAGCAUUCAGAUCAGAUCAGAAAAUUUCAAACAUGAUUUAUCACUUUUAUUAUUAUAAAAUUAUUAUUAGUAUUAUUAUCAUUAUUAUUUAGGUGAUGAUUAUUAUAAUGAUUAUUAUUAUUAUUAUUAUUAUUAUUAUUAUUAUUGUUAUUGUUAUUGUCGUUAUUAUUAUUAUUAUUAUUAUUAUUAUUAUUAUUAUUAUUAUUAUUGUUGUUGUUGUUGUUGUUUUUGUUGUUAUUAUUAUUGUUAUUAUUUUGAUUAUUGCUAUUAUUACUAUUAUCAUUACUAUUAUUACUAUUAUAAUUAUUAUUUUUAUUAGCUUUACUAUUAUUGUUGUUGUUGUUGUUGUUAUUAUUGUUGUUGUUGUUAUUAUUAUUAUUAUUAUUAUUAUUA